AGACGCGCGGAGGGAGGCGGCCGAGCGGCGCGGGCGGCUCUGCGGCGGGCGCGGUGGGCGCGGGCGGCGGGGCCCCGGGAUCCCCGCGCGCCUCCUCGGCGCCGCGCCGCCGCCGCGCGUCCCCACGCCCUGCGCUCCACGGCGCCCUCGCCCAGCGCGCCUCCCGUGCCCGCCUCCUGCCCGCCUCCCGCGCCGCGGCCGUCUGCAGAGCGAGCGCUCAGACGGAGCCCCCGGCCAACUUGAGCGGCGCGGGCCGGCCGCGGAGCCCGGGUAGAGCCCCCUGACCCGGCGGCGUGCGGAAGCGACCGGUGUUCUCCCGCAUCGCUGCCCACCACCCCCACCCCUGACCACGUCGCCCUCUCGGCGCGAGGCUCCGACUGGAGGCAAGAGACACGCACGGUGCGCGGCGGCGGCGCCGGGCCUCCCUCCUCGCCACCCCGGAGGGCGAAGCAGCCUCUCUGCUGCCCCUUGCCGCGCGGCCGCAGCGCAGGAGUGCGCCCCUUCCGGGCCGGCCGCGCUCGCUGCCGCCUUCGCUGGGUCGCCUCCCGGAGCGGGCACGCGAGCCCCAAACCCCGGCCGGAGGAUGUGCGCCCCCGCGGGCCGCCCCGCCUGAGCCAUGCGCCCCAACGGCGGCGGCGCGCCGGCCGGCAUGGAGCCCCGCGCGGCCGCGCUCUGACUCGCUCUGCGCCCCGCGGCCGGCGGGCGGCGGGCGGCGGCGGACCGAGAGCCAGAGACCGGCGCCGCGGGACGGAAGCGAGCGGGAUACGGCGCCGCGCAGAUGGCCGGGGCAAGCAAGGUCUGAGGCUCCGCUCCCCGAAACGUGACCAUGUGGAUUCAACAGCUUUUAGGACUCAGUUCCAUGUCCAUCCGCUGGCCGGGCUGCUCCCUAGGAAGCCAUGCUUGGAUACUUAUAGCCAUGUUUCAGCUCGCCAUGGAGCUGCCCACGUGUGAGGCCCUGGGCCCGGGCCCUGAGUUCCGGCUGCUGCCGCGGCCUCCGCACCGGCCCCUGCGCUUGUGGAGUUUUAAGAGUGGACAGCCGGCCAGGAUCGCGGCCCCCGUGUGGAGUCCCCGCCCGGCCCGCAUGGAGCGCAGUCAUGGGCAGAUGCAAAGUUCCCGUGCCAAACGGGCGCACAGACCCCGGGACCAGGUGGCCGCCCUGGUGCCCAAAGGGGAGCUCGCCAAGCCCCCAGCUGCUGCCAAACCCAAUCCUUCCCUGGGCGCUCCACCCUCCUCCUCCUCGCCCCUGGUGGGCAGGGCCGUCUCAGACCAGCAGGCCCUCCUGCGGAGAGGGAAGCGGCACCUGCGGCCUGCUGGUUUCAACAGUUUUGACUUCAGAGGCAGCAGGUCCACGACAGAGACGGAGUUCAUUGCGUGGGGGCCCACGGGAGAGGAGGAGGCGCUGGAGUCCAACACAUUUCCUGGUAUUUACGGUCCCACCACGGUCUCCAUCUUCCAAACGCGGAAGACAACUGUGGCCACCGCCACGACGGCCACCACGGCCACCAUGGCCACUUCCAUGACGCUGCAGACUAAGGGGGUCACCACACCCCUGGACCCCAGGAAUAGGAUCCCGUUUGGGGUUAGCACAACGGAGCCUUCUACCAGUCCCAGCAAAGACAGUGGCAAAGACACCAAGCCCCCGCGGAUUCUGGGGGAGACCUCAGGUUUGGCUGUCCAUCAGAUUAUCACAAUCACCGUCUCCCUCAUCAUGGUCAUAGCUGCUCUGAUUACAACUCUUGUCUUAAAAAACUGCUGUGCCCAAAGCGGGAACACUCGGAGGAACAGCCACCAACGGAAGAUCACCCAGCAGGAAGAGAGCUGUCAGAACCUGACGGACUUCACCCCCGGCCGGGUGCCCAGCAGCCUGGACAUAUUCACGGCUUACAACGAGACCCUCCAGUGUUCGCACGAGUGUGUCCGGGCGUCUGUGCCCGUGUACACCGAAGAGACGCUGCACUCGACGGGGGAGUUCAAAUCCACGUUUAACGGGAACCGACCCUCCUCUUCUGAUCGGCAUCUUAUUCCUGUGGCCUUUGUGUCUGAGAAAUGGUUUGAGAUCUCCUGCUGACUGGCCGAAGUCUUUUUUACCUCCUGGGGGCGGGACAGAUGCCACGUGUCUGUUUCAUGGAUUCCGUUGGUGAACCUGUAAAAAAAAAAAAAAUAGAAUAAAAUAAAAACCCCACAAAACCUAAAACUAAACUAUCUAAGGGGGAGGGUCCCCGCACCUACCACUUCUGUCUGCCGGUGGGGAUCUCAGAGCAGGACGCUAUAGGCCAAAUAUAUUUUUAUAAAAAUGCUCACGCCUAUGGGGGACUGCCUUCUCCCAGUUUUCUUUGGAGAACGGAAAGAAGAAAUGCAAGGAAGGACCUGGACACAGAGAGGAGAGGACACCAAGCGAGAAGGACAGGAAGCAGCUGAAGCCUGGGAUUUGUCCCAUGAUUCUGAGCCUGUGCCAAUUAUACCAUUAUGUGCCAUGUACGGACCCGACAGACUUGGUGACAAAGCCAAAGCCAAGCGAGCCAUGCAUAGAAAUCUCACAGAACACAGGGGUGGGGAUCUCUUCCGAUAGAGUCGCUAUUUCUGGUUAAUAUAUAUGUAUAUAUAAAUAUAUAAAUACACACAGACACACACACACUUUUUUGUACUGUAGCAAUUUUUGAAGACCUUCGAUGUUCCUUUUUUUAAAAAAAAAAAAAAGUGUUAUCCGUUACAAAAUCUGAUUUAUUUCACAGGCUUAGUACGAGCAGAACAAACCAGUGUUUUCUACUUUGCAGACACACACAUACCACACACAUGCUCAUACAUGCACCCACAAACACAUGCGCGCAUAUAUAUGCAUAUGUUCGAAAUGCAGUUCCACGAGUGAGCGUAUUCUUUCUGGUGACCUGGUACUCCAACGCCGUCCAUGCCGGGGACAGCCUCGACCCACGCCCAAAGACCCAAAUGACACGUCCUGCGUUUGCUAGACAUUUGGUGAGUGGCACCAGCUGUGCAAUUUCUUACCUUGGGCCGUAAUUCAGAAUGCCAUGGUUUUAUGUACAUGCGCACACACACACACACACGUGCACACACGUAAAUACUAUCUUUUUGAUGUCAUUGUUUGAAGACGCUACCUGAGAGCCAUGCCAUGGUCACAUUUAUGUAGCUGGCGGCUUACAAAUGGGCCUGACUGUCAGAUUGGGGGGGGGGGUGGGUCCUUGACCAUCUUGGUGUUAUACAAGCCUAGUCCGAAUUAAAGAAAUUUCCCAGUUCCAGAAAUUAAAGGAAUCGAUCCUUAUGAUGUGUGUGUGUGUGUCAGAGCAGAGCUCAGAAAUGGACGGGAGCCCCCGUUUGUGUGAAAAGGCUGCUCCCACGCGAGCUGUGCCCUAGCAUGUCCUGCUUUUCUUUCCCACAUGUUGAUGGAUGGAAGUUGCCUGCUCUUGAGCCCAAGGGUGACUUAGAAUCUUAGGGGAGACUGUAGCAAAGACACUGUCUCUUGUGGGUUCCUGUCGGCCAACGUUUGUGUUUUGCCAUCAACAACCCUGCUACGGAGCUUUCCAGUGGAAAUAGGACCCCACACUGAAGGCUCGUUGCAGAGAACCCCAACCGCACAGAAUCCAUUCAAAGCACUGCUGAGUCCCAGGCGGGGCGACUCCCUCAGAACCCCCACCUUGUGAAGGUGCCCUGGUGUCCGUCUUACUGCCAGUAGGGGGAGCUGUAAGGGUUGGGCGGGGCCCUCUGAGGGCCUCCCUCAUCCCCAUCAGACAGCAUUUCCUCCUUAUGGGGACCCCAGAUCUGGUGCUCGUGGCCUGUCUUCUAUAAACGGCCCACAUGGAAGUUGGAUUUCACCAGUAGGGCGCCGGAACCAAUUGAGUGAAAUGCCCCCAGACCAGGUUAAAAGGUUAAAGGUCAGGCAGCAGCUAACCUCUUGCCUACUUUCUGGCUGGGCUGCUGACCUGAUUUUUCCUGUGGGAUCACUCUCCCUCUGAAACAUCUUAAAACGUGCUUGCCAAGUUCGCUUUUGCACCUCUUGAAACAUGGGAAAGUAAAGUGAUGCCAGCGGAGGGAAAAAAAUGUUUUUGUAACACCAUAGCGUUAAGCUCUGUAUUGGUGGUAUUGCUCCAGAAUCUGGAAAGUCGUGGUUUUGGUUUGGGUUUUGGUUUUGUCAUUUCCCCCCAAAGUUUCAGCACAUACAAGGCAUCGCAAACAUCCUCUACGGCCACGUGAUGGUCUCCAGGUUUCUGGGACCCACCUGUCUGGCCCUCAUCCAGCUCUGUCAGUCUGUCAUCCAACUCAUCACCUCAUUGUCCUGAAAUCACUCUCCUGUUGGAGGUCGGCGCUGGGCUUCCUGUUUCAGGUGAGCCCAGCGUGGUGUGAGUGCAAGGCCAGGGCUGCCAGCAUCCCUCAGGGCCCUGGAAGCUUCUGCUCUGCUCUUUGACACUGAGUGACACUGAGCCCAACCUGGAAGGAGGUGGUGGCAGGGGGCCAUUUGUUGACUGACAGCGGGAACCCAGGAUUCCUGGUGGGGCCACAGUUUACCUCCAACUGCAGUUCAGCCCCUUCCCCAGACUGCUCUCUGGGUGCCUGAACUGUUUCUGGGGUGCAUAGGACACCGAGCCUUCAAAGGGAGCUUAAAAUAAUGCCUCUCCCUGCCCAGCCCCUUCACCUCAGGCUCAGGGCAGGGCCGUGAGAUGGUCCAGGAAGUCUCAUGCUGCUAUCACAUCUGUCCAAACGAAUCCACUUACGGGAACGCACUGUUUGGUGGAGACUGAGGGAGGCUGUGUAGAGACGGUUUAUCUUAUUUUUUAAAUGGUUACCUGGGAAAGUCCUGAAAUAUCGUCUCUGUACAAGGAGAGAAUAAAUGAAAACGAGCAGGCUCCCAAAGUGCAGCUCCACCCACAGUGAAGUCUAUCAAAUGACAGGGCAACACUUUUUGAAAUCAGCCCUAGGGACACAGGCCCACACAUGCUGUCGGUGUCUGAUGACUUUGGCCAGGCCAGCCUUCCUGGGCUGUGGGCUAAUUCUGGGUCGGUCAGUGUUCUCUCUUCUGGAUUUGAGAGUCCAUUAGCAAAUCCCCCGGUGUUCCCUCGCAGAGUCAAAUCGCGGCCCCCCCGGACCCAGUCCUUAAAUUUGCUUUCGCUUUUAUUUUCUGUCAAGAAAUGGAGGGCGAUAUGGUUUGGUCAAGUCCCCAAAUUUCUGUCCAACUCCAUCUUGUCCGUUCAGUUACUGUCUGGACUCCUACAAUCACGGGCCCCUGGGCAGCAUACCGACCACUGUCCAUUGCCGACUUUCUCACAGACUCCUAAAGCUUUCAAAACAGCUGAGCGUGGCUUUGGGAAACUCUGCUGUAAGGUCCAGUCUGUUUCUAGCCUGAAUCACUUCUAAUCUUCAUGCCCUGGGUGUCUUUUUUAUAUGGUUGCAAUCAUGGGUGUGGUUACUUUACAAGUUCUGAGUGCUGAGGGGUAGAUGCUUCAGGCAUGGCCAGAAAAGCUUUCUGACCAUCUCCCACUGGACUCGGAGUCCAGCAGUGUCCAACACAAAGCCAGGCUGUGUGCCCACUGAGUCUUUCUUCCAGCUCUAGCCUGCUCAUGCCCAGUGUGGAAGCAUAGGGACCUCUGGGAGCCAUCGAGGGUUGUUGCUGUUCAGAAUUAGUGUCCUUGCGAGGAAAGGAGAGGCCACUUAGGAAGCCGUAUUUUCUCCCUAGUGUUUCUGGUCCUUUCUAAUCCUGAGUUUGGGUGGACUUCUCAGGUUGCAUUCAGCUUCCCAAUAUUCAUCUCAGUCCUUCGUGGAGCAUUUUUUACUUAGAAACCUGGACUCGUUAGCAAACCCCACCAACUCUCCAAAUUUGACCACAAGGAAUUCAGUAAUUGCUCCGGCGAUCUUGCAGUCCAGUCACUCUUCCUUCUCACAAGUAUAUUGCCCUUUCUCGGCCACAUUUCAGCAUCGGGCAGAACCUUCCUCGUGCUUUGGUCUUUAGGAAUUUUGUGCAUGGAAGUCCACCUCCUUCUGGUUGUAUUAUGAAGGGAACACAUCAAAGAUUUGACCUUCUUGCUUUGUUUGUCUCUAUUGGAUUCUAUUGCCCAAAGAGAUAUUCCAUCCCUUUUGUUUCUUCUCCCAUGUUGUCCAGUAUCACCUGUAGCUCAAGAAGCUGGGCUGUCCCCAGUUUCUUUGAAGAUAAGACAAGGAACCAGGACCAAGUUUCAGGGUUGGGACUCGCAGCUUUGUCAUGGUCAGACUGGACCUUCUAUGACUUUUAUUCCAAAAUGGCAUCAGUACGUACCUUCUCUCUGUCCAUAUUUUGACACCGUUGCCCUCUUUCAUCAGAGAGAUCUCAGCAUAAGUGAAUAUUGACACUCCACUGAGCUAUCUUUCCUUUCUACAGUCAUUCAUCCCACAAGUCACGAUGGGAAAAGAUACUGAGACCCCUGAGUUCUGUGGAGGUUCGGGGGCCAUUCUUGUUUCACCGUGUGAGUUCUUUAAGAGGACACUACUCAGACAUACAGUUAGUUGGUCAUUGAUCCAUUCACAUAUUCAACAAAGACCUGAACCAUGUUGGUAACCCAAUGAGGGACAAGACACAGGCACAGCCCUUCUGAGUUUUACUUCCUACUCUGGGAGGAGGCAGAUACUUAACAUAGAAGCAAACAAAAUAAUUCCCAGAAGGAGGGACAAGUGAUAAGGGAGCAACAGACAAGGUGAUAGAAGAGAGAGAAGUGGCAGUUGUCUGCGUCUCUUCAUCUUGCCAUCAUCUCUUAGCGGGAAGUCAUCACUCGCUUACCAAGGGUUGGUCUGGGGUUGAAGGGAGCAAGAAAACCUUACUCCUACCUCCUGGGUAAGAAUGCAGUGCAAUGCCAAAGAUAAGAUGUCCCAAUGAUUGCAAACCGUCCCCCCUGGUUUUCCACCAGGAUCCGUCAAUCAUACUAGAAAGGAUGGGACUUCAUGGGACAUGGAGAGGUGGGACCAUGAUGAGGGACACGACCCUGAUGAUGGACGUGCCCUCUUCUCUGAGCACUCUCUCCCCCGGGCCCCUCCCCACGCACAUGACUACGUUGUCACGUCGCCAUUAGGUCAACCAGUUCUCGAGGACAAAGGCAUUCAAGGACAGAUGCAGUCCACAGGGAGCGUCAUCCUUCCCUGUAAGAAAAGCAGCUGCCUUCUCAGAAGUGACUCUCAACACGGAUCACACUUAGCAACAUACUUCUUAAACAACAUCUGCCUUUAAGUACGCAGUUAUUCCAAAACAUGCUGUGAUUCAUGUAAUUUUGGAGUGGUUACUUUGGUGCAGUUUGUCAACUUUGCUAUGCCAUAUUGUUUUUUGAUCUUUUGUUUGUUUUCCAAUGUAAAUAGCACAGCCCACAUAAAUGAGCCAAACUCACCAUCUGAGAAUUUUUGAUUAUCCUUCCCGGCUUAUUUUUCCAUGUAUGUGAUUUCUGCUAUGAAGGCAAGCUUGUUCUUCUUCCCUCACUCAGAGGCAAGAUGUGUGAGUGUUAGUGACACUCAGGGUUAUUUGUGGAGCUUCCAGCAAAGGCUUAAGUGAUUGGCAGGGUGAGGGAUGCUGCCAGCCCUUCCGUGUAGUGUGGAGCAUGGUUGUGCAGUUUGGAUUCCAAGGUUUAGAGUUUGCAUUUGGAUGUGACGACUGGGUAAAAAGAGGUACAGGCAGAGAAUCACCCCAAGCAUCAAACAGAAAGAUUGAGCUUCUCUUGACCUCAAAGGAUUCUAGAAAGAAUCAGCCAGCAAGCAGGCCCUCGCCAGUCUCCAGAGUUCAAAUUGGUCACCAUGUAGGCAGACAGUCCCUAAGUGGGGAAUUUAACCAUGUGCACAGUUGUCCUUUAUGCCAAAGGGCCAGUAGUAGCCUUUGUACCUUAGCAGGGGAGCAGUGCCACCAGAACUGGGACAGCCACUGUGAGUUGCUUGCACAGAACCUCCUCCGUUCUACUUCACUUUGGUUUGAAGGAGGUUAAACACAUAGGGUGUGGCUGAUGAGAAAGCCGUGUACACGGUGACACCGAGAACGUAGAAUGACACAAGAGCAGGAAGCUGUUUAAGGCAGUGCAUGGAUAGCUGGGGGUGGGGUGAGGGGCUUCUCUCCAUGGAUUCCCAGAUACCACCAGCCAUAGGUCCACACUCCACACUUGGAAAUACACCGCCCACACCCAAUCGUAGAGGCAAGUGAAGAGAAUGGUCAACUGGGUUAUAAGUUGUCAGUGUUGGAGCCGAAAUACUAAAACACAUCCUUCCAGUAGGUCCAUUGCAUUUUCCACUUGAUGGGUUCCCUGCUAAAUGCUCCAAGAGUGACUGUGCUUAGAAUCAAAGAGAAUCGCUUUGAAUGAAUCCAUAAAUCUCAGUCAGAUGUGGACCAGCCUCAGCGUAAGAGGCGUGGUACAAACGGUGCCAGCCUUGCCCACCUGGCACUCAGGUUGAUAAGCACAUAGGGUGGGGGUAGUUUAAACAGCCAGUGAGUAGUGGGGGGAGGGUCAGGGAAAGUGCAAAUGGCCCUGUUGUCUCUUCCGUGUGGGUUGGAGUCAGAACACACACGUACCAUGGAGAGUAUCAAUUAAAUAGGUUAAUAAGCCAAGAGUGUUGCUAAUACAACCUCUGGGGGCUGACUUAACUCUCCCCAAUACCUUGAAUCUCCCAGUAAAGCUUCUGCUGAGUAAUGUUUGGCAGGAAUGGAUGCAGAGAGGAUCCAAUUAUAGGAAACCCUCCUUUUUGCAAAUUAAUCCGUUUUGUCCCAGGUGGUCUCUCCCUUAAACUAGACUCCUCCAGAGACUUGGAUUUUCAUGUGUAAAUCCCACCUCAAUAUUCGCCACGCCAAAUAACUCCCUAGGAGCUUCAUUCUUCUGUGGACACAAACAGCUGACCAUACUGGUUAGCUUUUGUUGGAUUUCUGAAAUUCUGCAACAAAAUUCUUUGGUGUUGAUGUUCAUAGCUUUUGGUUUGGCAGACUGUCCGUUAAUGCUGGUCUUAGUGAAUCUGGCAAAUGAUUGCUCGCAGACAUGGAGGAGAAUGUCGCCCAUGGGACAAGCAAGAAUGCUGUGCAGUCAGUCCUGAGUUCAACUUAUCGGCACCAUCUUGUACCGUUAAGAUGUGUCGCCACUAAGAGUCUAGGAUGGGGACCCUUUGUGGACCUCCAAUGGAAUUGUUUCAAGUCAUUACCCAGAAAACUGCGAGGGCAGAUACCAUUGUACCCACCUCCUGGGCCACUGUUCCAUUUCCUGAGAGAACCAUCCCACCCGUUUCCCCUAUUCAAUCAUCCCAAGCCAGAAGAGACGAUUUCAAAGCCAACGUGACACUCCCAACCUAAUUUCCAACCUUCAAUAGGAAAGAGGGGUUUUGCUGAAGUCUGAGGUUGCUGAGAUCCCUAUGGGGGUAGCAGCAAACUAAUGGCAUUGCUGUUGACAGGGUUUUGUGCAACAGCCUCUGCCACCAGGAGGAACCCUCCCUCUCUGCCCAUUUUGUUCUGGGAACUCCACUCUGUAUUAUCUCUUUCUGAUGCAUAUGCAUUUCUAACAUCAAGUAACGUGACUGCCAACAACUUGAGGUCAAGAAAGCGACAGGAGUGUUUCUUCUCGAUGAGUUUACAAGUAAACAUGAAAUCACAUGAAAAUUCUAGAGCGGGGGGAUCUCUAAGGUGCUCUUAAGUAUUGUGCCACUUCUAUAAAAGCACAACUGUUCUCCCAGUAAAGGGUCUUCACGACAGGGACGGGCAGCUGGCUUUGAAACGUCAGGAGGCAUAACAGAGCCCACGUUUGGCCAUGCGUUCCUUGCACAGAACUGCCGUGACCUACACACAGACUUCCUUUUAUGUUUCUGUUUGUCUUCCAUUUGUAUUUGAAUUGUUUCCUCGGAAGCCAGAAGGGUGAAAGGACCUUAGCAAUCAACUGACCGUAAAUUUCAUCCUUAAAGAUGAAUUUCCCACUUAAGACAACAUGGAAUGUCCCGAGGUUCAGCUAAUGUUUCAGAGAGCUUCACGUGUCGUGCUGCUCAGUGGGAAGACGGAACAAUAUCCACGGCACUCUCUGACCCCUGAAACAUUCACCAGUCGUGGUGAGAGGGCGAUGUGGGAACCUGUGAAGUUUUGGAACGAAACACUGACACUUUGGGGAAAUGUGUGACCAGUUUGGGGCUGCAGCUAAUUGUUUUGUUAAAAACGCGAGAGUUUUGUUUUGUUACUUCUUUUGGCAACUCCGUUUGGAUCAUUUCUUCCUUUUACCUUCCCUGGAGAAACACCAUGGCAGGUGCCAGAGCCCAGACAAAACACGGUGACCGUCCAGUUAAAAUUAUUUAAAUAAAAAGCAGAACGAUCACAACAAAGCCUGACAUGAAGUUUAGUGACCUAGCUGAUUAGGUUUCCUUAACUUCCGAUUGACGUAUGGAUGGACCACAGAUGAAUGGGACUGAACACCAGUCCCUACGUGUUCUGUUGAGCAGGAGUCUCCUUGAACGUGAGUGAGACCCAGGAGACGUUAAACUGGACACGGGAGGAAGUGUAAGGCCAUGCGUUGGUUACAUUUUUAAAGUCUUACAAGUUUUCCAAAAGGUAUAAAUGUUGAGUCAUGCUCUUUAGAAAAUACCAAUAACCAAACAGAAGGGAGGCAUCUGAAACCUUCCCACUGUUGUUUGAUUCAGGGGAAACUGGUCAUUAAGUGUGGAACUAGUGAGGACAAGUUGUAGAGAUCGCCUCACGGGUAGCACAAUGGCCAACUCUGGCUCCAGCGUAUGUUUUGUAGAAAGGAAGUCCAACUAGCGUUUGCAUGCGUCUUUGCCAGAUUCGCUUCUCGUUGACGGAAUCCAUCACUAUCAUUAGCAUGUCUCUUGGAUUAAGUGGAAAAGGCAGUUUACCUUUUGGAUGUUCUACUUUUCCAUCAUCAAGUGUGGGCCACUGGGCACAUCUGGGGGUGGGCGUGGCAUAACCAGAACACUCAGAGAAGCGUCCAAAUUAUUGGCUGGAUUUUUCACACGGGGCAUUUAUCAGGGCGUCAAGGAUUUCAGAAGGAGUCAUUUCCCUUUCCAUACUCCUAGUGUGUUAGAAUAACACCAAAUUCACCAGCUCUCAUUACAUGAGUUUAAACAUGGAGCCCGUUUGUCCCCCCCGCCCCCCCCAGCUCAUCCGUGGAACUGGAAAACUUUCCCACCGUGAAAACUUACACACAGGACAAGAAAUCAAAUGCUGAGGGCCCCAGGGCCCUGUUCUCCCAGGUUUUAAGUUGAAUGUUUUCGAACUUUAUUUUCCCCCCUCAUUCAUGUAUAAUCAAACCGGGUUUAUUUUGAUUUUCCUAAAUUAUUUUCUGAUACAAUAAACUGUUAAGUGUUUAUUUAUACUUUUACGUGGAGCACUUGUUAUUUUUCAACAGAGGCAUGCAAACCUCUGUGUUAUACAUAUAUCUAUACCACAGCUGUCCUUAUACAUAUAUCUAUAGAUCACCUUCCCGAAAGAGUGAACUAUUGUGGUUUAUUCUUGUGUUUUUCUUUAAAUGCAUACCAUAACCAUGUUAAUAAAGAGAAAUGACACGAUAUAUUUGGGCGGGGGGUGGGGGCCUGGGUGUGAUUUCCAUACAGGUGAACUUUUAUUCCAGAUUUUUUUUUUAAGUUGUUUCUGUAUUUUAAAGCUAUGUAUUUGGAAAACGUUGUAAA